UUAAUGCCAGCUGGCUGUCUGGAUUCAGACUGUUUGUAUACAAUGAGGCAGGCAGACUCUUUAUCCAAUAUGGAGACAGGGGGGCUUCCCCGUUAUCAGUGUACGAACUGUUGCUACCACUACACGACACAUUCCAAGCACUGAGAAUAGAAGCUAAGCACGGUACUCGAGCGCCUCGUGUUUUAAUCUUGUGUGAAGUUGAAGUAUACGUAGAAGCGGCAUGUCAGUGGCAUACGUACGGGCUGGAGUGUGAACAUCAGUGUCAUUGCAGUGGAAGUCAGAGAUGUAGUAUGACAACCGGCACUUGUGAGUUCACGCCAGACUAUUACUGUCCUCCAGGCACACAUGGAGAUGCAUGCGAACUGUCGUGUCCUGACAACUGCCAGAAUAAGGAUUGUGAUGCACGUUCUGGGGCCUGUCUUCGGUGCGUCUCGGGCUACAUGGGAGACUUCUGCGACCAAGUUUGUGAGCCAGGAAUAUUUGGACCUAACUGUAGCCGAGUGUGCUCUAAAAGGUGUGCAAAACCGUGUCAUCAUAUCACCGGACUCUGUACUUGCCAGGAGGUGUUUGCUGGGGAACUCUGCAAAGGUUUAUAUUCUUUAUUUAGGUGUCGUUUGUUAUUGUGCUCCAACAAUGUCAGUGCUAAAUGUGUUUUAUAUAUUGUAUGA